AUGUGCACGCACCGUCUACAUACGCAAAGCUGCCAGUCCAUAACUAGCCAGUAAGGCUUGUGUAGAAUGCAUCGAUCCAACGUUCGUAGCUAGUCAAGAUAACGAAGAUUAAAACGCUGCCCAAAGGCUGCGCUCGGUGUCGACAGGUAAGGUGGACGCAGCGUGCCCCUUGUCACAGUUGGUCUCGAAUCGAGUAAAAAUAAACCUGAAUAUGGUGCCCUAAUGACAGCAAAGAAUCUUUCACCAAUAUCCGGUCUGCCUGACCAGCCUGCAAUGGCAAGUUAGGCAGCACGGAAAACGUCGACUGUCUUCUGUGAGCUAGGAACGGCGUAACUCUUGUUAAGCGAGUGGAACUUCAAUCGCUUAGACUUUCAGUCAAAUUUCUGCAUCUAUAACCCUUAAUGAAAAAGCUAAUCCUUAUCAGUUAUAGCUGCUACACAGUGAAUGACAAGCACUGUGAAAUACACUAGAAAAACCUAAAAACAGCGUUUAGCUUUCGCGGAGUUGGAUACCAGCGUAGAGCGAUUUGCAGGAAACGUAACCGCCAGUGUGUCCGUCGUGCGGAUCCAAUUCGGAGUGAUCUGUCUGUAUAUGUUCGUAAUUUUUAAAAAGUGCGGCGUGACCGCUUCGUCUGCAAAGGCAGUACACGAUAAGCAAGGCUUCAGUCGUUUUUGUGUUCAAGAGAAAAACUUCGUGGAGUAUCAAGGUCGUUUUUACAAGAUGGAACUCAAACAUAAAGAUAAUGCUAUUGAACCCUCUCUUCGGCACCGGCACUCACCUCAUCGACAGGCUUGGCUUCUGCAUGAGCAAGCCAGCGCAGGUGGGAAGCCGAUGUACGUUGAAACCAUUGACGGCGCGGGCGACGGUCCGUCUGUGAAAUUGCCAUCAUCCGCAGUUCCAUGCGGAAACGAAGGUCUAAGAAAUUUGUGCCGUCAGUUCAGCGCACUUUUCCGAAAAGACUUUAUAAUUCGAAAAUGGAAGCGGCACUACAUUCGGUCGGCUACUGAGUUAAUCCUGCCUGCGUUUCUGAUAGGGGUCAUCGUUUAUCUGCAAUCGAAAGUUGAUACCGGACAUGAAGGCCUAGUACUAAUGUGGAGUGGACCUAACACGUACAGUACACUUGGUCCUUUUUCUAGUGAAGAUAUCUACUUUCACCGCUUUACCAGAGCGCCAACAGAGGAGACUCAGAUACAGCAAGUUCUGAAGGUGGACUGUGGUCGGGUAGCCUAUGCCCCUCGGACGACCUACACGGACUCACUGAUGAAGAUUUACCUUAAGGCGAAUAGUUCCAGAGUGAUCACACCUUUCGAAACCGUAGAGGAGCUCGAUGACUACUUGUUAAGUAUAAACGUGUCCCUUGAUCUCGCCAUCAUAUUUGACGAAGAUACGGCCAAAGGUGAUAAUCCAGGCCUGCUGGGAUACAUGUUCCGCUUUAAUUCAAGCAGGUGGCACUUUAACACUGGAAGGAAAUUUAACCCGGAUCCACCGGGCGGGGGCCCGAGAAGCAAGCAUAUUAGCUUUGAGGAAAGGUAUCUUCUCUUUCCCAGCAUGAACGCUCUGUUCGAUAAACAUCUUGAGUUCUAUAAUCUUCGCAAGCACUCCGGUAUUGAAGUAUCUGCCGACUGGCUGCCGUACAAUCCAAAAAUGAAACCGUUUCCUACCCCGAGGUAUCUAAAAGAUGAUACAUUUUUAAGCGUUAUCACGUUUGUGCCUUCGAUGAUUUCGUUUGGGUGUAUUUUGUUCGUGCUCUUCUUUACGUUACAAAUAAUUCAGGACAAACAUAGUCGUAUACGGGAGCUGCUGCGUAUGAUGGGCAUGUCGGAUCUUGUCUACUGGACUAAUCUUUUUUGUAUCGGCUGUGUCUCAGUUGGCAUCAUUAUACUGAUGACCUUGGCAGUAUUCUGUUUUUUUGACUCAUUCGACAUAUCCGUCUUACCCCACUCGGAUCGUUCGCUCGUUUUAGCUGUGCUGGUUCUGUUCGGUAUUGGAACUAUUCUUCAAAACCUUUUCAUUAGCGUUCUCGUUAACUCACCAAUACUUGGUGCAAUCAUUGCGCUGUUAGCAUGGGUCGCGUCGAUUGUAACCGCGUCUAGUUUUCUUGAUCCACCGGGACGAAACUUCUACGGAUCGCUCAGCGCGGAAAAGAAGAUGUACACAUCAUUUCUGCCCACCUGUGGCCUCUAUUGGGCCUUCAAAAUAAUCAGCUUUUGGGAGCGAGCAGGUAUCGGCGCUCACUGGAAAAACGUGCGAAUGAUUGCACAAGCAGGUGAUAACUGCUCACUACUGGACAUCAUGGGCAUGAUGUUACUAUCUUGGAUCAUCUUCGCAAUCUUGAUCUUCUACCUCGAUGCCGUCAUUCCGUGGCAACUUGGCAUACCUAAACAUCCACUAUUUGUAUUUCAACGCUCCUAUUGGUGUCCUCAAUCAAGUUCCUUUGACAGCUCCAAGACCACAAGCUCGACAAGCAAAGCCCAAAAUAGUCAAGCUGCGAUGUUUGAGUCGCCUCCGGUCAAUAUUGGGCAUCCUGUCAUAGUCUUGCGCGACAUCUCUCAUCGGUUCGACGCGUCGCAAAAAAAGGCCAUUGAUCAUUUAUCGCUUGAUUUGUACCGUAACCAGAUCACAGUGAUUCUCGGUCAUAAUGGCGCCGGCAAAACAACAACAAUGAACAUACUUACAGGAUUAUUUCUUCCCACUGCCGGCGAAAUGUACAUCAAUGGUCACAGUGUGCGUACAGAUACGGCUAAGGCGCGUCGAGGCGUGGGGUUCUGUCCCCAGCACAACGUUCUAUUCAACGACCUUACCGUUGAAGAGCAUCUAAAAUUUUUUGCCUUAAUCAAAGGUGCAAAUGAAAAGGAAACAACGACAGAAAUUGAGAUGCUGUUGAUGAAGUUUGCUCUGUUGCCUCAAAGACAUGUACAGGCCCGUCAUCUUUCUGGCGGAAUGAAGAGGAAGCUCUGUAUGGCAAACGCCAUGAUCGGUGGAAGCGAUAUCCUUGUACUAGACGAGCCGACAGCUGGCAUGGAUCCCCAGGCGCGACGCGACGUCUGGACAAUUUUACAAGAAGCGCGUCGCAGCCGAACAGUUCUAUUGACCACCCAUUACAUGGAAGAGGCUGAUGUAUUAGGUGAUCGAAUAGCUUUUCUUUCAAGUGGCAAGCUUAAAUGCGCUGGGUCACCGAUGUUCCUAAAGAAGAAAUUUGAGACGGGUUACAAUAUACGCUGCGCUAAAGCUAGUUCAGAAACCGAUGUCGAAAAAGUCGUGGGAACCAUGAAGGAUUUUCUCAGAGAUAAUCCGGUUUAUUUAACGUCCGACCUUGGAUUAGAAUUCUGCGUUAAUGUUGCAUUUCCUGAAACGGCGCACCUAGUAAAACUCUUCCGAUACAUCGAAGAAAAUAAAGACAACCUUAAGAUUGCCAGUUUUGGCGUUUCCGUAACGACGAUGGAAGAUGUCUUCCUUCGCGUCGGCGAGCUUGAUCAGGGACACGAAGAUGCAUCAAACAGCCAUUCCGCGACGAGAUUUGAUCGGUUCCCUCAGUUCAAUAGAACUUUUGGAUGGCCUUUAUGGUUGGGUCAGUUUCGCGUAUUGUUCCUCAAACGAGUCCACGUUAUUCGACGACAAUGGUAUAUGUUUGUCUUCCUGCUGGUGCUGCCUUCUGUCCUUGCGAUAAUGUUCUGUUUCCUCAAUAACCGGUUACUGGCGGCCGAUCUCGAAGACGAGGACAGCGGUCGGCCAUUAGUAAAGUUGGCACAGAAAUACCGCUGGAACGGUGAGCGAACGGUACUGAACUACACGUUCAACUCGUUGUUGACUAGCAGACCUAAGCAGAGCUUUAUACAGGAAACUAGCCCCUCGAUAAAUAUGAUAACCUCCAUCUUGCAAGACAACGCACUUCAAAUACAUCGGAUUCCAAGUAAUAUUGACAUAGAUUCCUAUUUGCUUCAACAGGCCGGCAACGAUCUUUCAUUUUACAAGGAGUGCUGGUCUAUGGGAGUUAGCUCGGACCCCAAGCUGUCCAACGAAACGAUCCUUUGGUUUAACGGGGAAAAACUCCAUAUCGGAGGAGCAACGCUCGCUAGCUGGCACACGGCAGUCCUAAAUCAGCGACUGGCCAAUAUGCCACAAAGGCAAAAGGUGUCAGUGAAUGUUCGCAAUCAACCAUUGGGUCAACCGUUUGAAGAAGGCAAUAUACUGUUGCUAGUACUGGUUCGUUUUGCAUCGUUCUUUCCAAUUUCGUUGGCAACCGCUUGUCUCACCUCUUCUUUGAUCUUCUUCCCGAUUGAAGAAUGUGUGUCCAAAGCAAAAUUGGUCCAAAUGAUGUCUGGCAUUCACCGAAUAAUCUACUUUGGGUCGUCCUUUUUCUUCGAUUUCCUAAUCAUGAUGUUGUCGGCAGCCUGUAUGGUCGUCGCCUUUGUCACGUACGACCCUGGGAACUCAUUUACAUCAUAUAACGACACAUGGAUCGCUACAUGGGUACUGCUAUGCGGCUAUGGGUUUACAAUGAUUCCCAUUGCGUAUCUGUCUGCACACCUAUUCCAUGCGCCUGGAACAGGUUUUGUAACGAUGCUUGGUGUAGUCUCGAUAAGCGGUGGAAUCAUCGUCUUACUUAUAGCCAUGUUGGAUUUCAUCGCGAUGUUUCCGGGCAACCCAUUUGACUUCAGGAUCGAGGAUAUCGAACUGGCCAUUCACCUAUGCAACUACAUUCCGCCGUUCGCCGUCGUGUGGGCUUUUAUUAACGUACACAUCAACGCUAUCUCAAAGGGCUUCUGUGAAGGUCUCACAAAUGUUACACGAGCCACGGUUUGUGUCGAACUUAAGCACAUCGCCAGCGCUUGCUGUCACCCAUGCGACGCUAAUGGAGAUGUUCUAACCUCGGGUUUCUGCUACAAACACGAGAGUCCGUUCCAACUGGAUCUUCGCAACGGGGCAGGCUACCAGUUAAUAGCUAUGCUUCUAGUGGGGUUGACUGCGUUGCUAGUGUUCAUUUUGAUCGAGACCAGCUCGCAGCGGUGGUGGAGAACGGCGAAUGUUUUCAAAUGGAACACAAUUUUACGUUCGGCUUCAAAUUCAAUCGGCAGAAAACAAGCAGGAUUUCGAAGUUUCGCAUCGGUAAGAACCAAAGAAGACGCUGACGUUGUGGCUGAACGCCGCAAAGUCGAGUUGGUCGUUUCGGAGGACAGGCAAGGUACUUACGCUCUAGUUGCGCAUGCGUUGACCAAAUACUUCGAAAGGUUCAAGGCGGUCGAUAAUAUCUCGUUUUGUGUCGAUCCACACGAGUGUUUUGGUUUACUGGGCGUCAACGGAGCUGGUAAAACGACAACAUUUGGUUUGCUAACCGGUGACCUGGUCACAAGCGAAGGAAAUGCAUAUGUAGUUGAUGCCGACCUGAUCAAUUCGUUGCGCCGAUUUCAAGGUUAUAUCGGUUAUUGCCCACAAUUCGACGCCCUUUUGGGCAAUAUGUCGGGUCGAGAAAUGCUCGAACUGUUCUGUGUCCUUCGAGGCGUAUCAUAUGAUCAGACAGAGUCAGUCGUAAAUCAAAUGGUGGGCCUAGCGGAUCUGGGCACGCAUGCGAACAAGCCGACGAACACGUACAGCGGUGGAACCAAGAGGAAGCUUUCUAUUGCUUUAGCAAUGAUUGGUAAUCCCGCUGUGCUGUUUCUCGACGAGCCAACGGCUGGUAUUGACCCGGUGGCCCGCCGUAAGAUCUGGGCCACUUUGAUGAAAGCGCAGCGAGACCUGGGCACAGCUGUGAUUUUAACGUCGCAUUCGAUGGAAGAAUGUGAAGCGUUAUGUUCUCGAUUAGCGAUUAUGGUCAAUGGCAGUUUCCGUUGCCUCGGUUCGCCGCAGCAUCUCAAAGCAAAGUUUGGCCAAGGCUUUACGGUCCUUAUCAAGUUGAAGCCUUCUGCCGUCGAGUCAAUCGUUGUGCCUCAGGUCUGCACCUUAAUGGAUCAGCUCUUCCCCGGCGAAAAUAAGCUUAAGGAUAACUACCAGUGUUUGCUGCAUUUCCACAUCACGGAUACGAGCCUUCGUUGGAGCGUACUAUUCGAACGGAUGCAAGAGUUAAAAGAGGGUUUCGAUUUUGAGGAUGUUGUUGUGUCGGACACGAGCCUCGAGCAAAUCUUCGUUGCAUUCACAAAGACCCAACGAAGUAACGCCCCGGAUGAUGCGGGUGAUGCACUGCAGUUUAAGACGAAGGUGCUGUAGGGUACGCGGCGUAUCAAGACUUAGCCCUAUACGUCCCGUCUGACCAGUCACAAACAUUGAUUUGGCAGGACAACAAUUAGUUUCAGGUUUGUCGGGCAAGCUUCGUAGUAUUUGCAACAUGCGAUGAAUAACGAAGAAGAGAAAAAAGAAACAGAUUGGCGUAAAUGUAAUGGGGACGACGGGGCGACGUUGAUAGAGACAAAUUUGCGAAGUUUGCACCGCCGCGAGUGCUAUCCAUUCUAUCAGGACUAACGUCUGGCGGAACGUGUGUCAGUAGAAGCAACAGCAAGAAUCACAAAUAAGGAUUUAUAUAUACAAGCGUCAUUUUAUUGUUAUUGAAGUGUGUAGCAAGAAA